AUGGAUCCCUCGAGCUCAGGCCUCUCGUUUGUCAUUGACGAUUCACAACUGCUUGAUCUAUCAGGGGAGCUACCCGAGUCGAACGACGUCGACGAUCUAUCGCUUUCCGACCUUUCCCUCGACCAAACUAUACGCGCAAAACCAUUUAGCUUACUCUCUCGUCCUUCACCACCAAAGGAUAGUAAGCCAAGCGACCGCUUGGUGGACCCAGAGGACCAGGGGGGCCAUGGGAGUGGAGACGAUGAAGCGCAGAGACAUGAGGAGGAAGACGAGGAAGCUGCGAAGAGGAAAGCGGCAAGAAUGCGAGAGGAGAAGCUUCAGAGCGACAUUUUUGUGCUGAGGAAACUGAAUGCCGCAUUCUCCUCUUUCAACGAGGCGCUAGAUGAGGCAGGGUCCGCAAACCAGAGGGUUGCAGCCCAGCUAGCUGAAACCGACGCCCUCCUGAACAAAUACGUGGGCAUCCUCUCAAAAAGCGAAGAAUUUGCGAAACUCAUCUUCGAUGAAGAGUGGUACGGAGCAGAAGCGGACGAUGAACAAAUAGAGCGGGAAAGGAUAGAGGAACAAGAGAGGAUAGCCAGGGAGGCUCGUGAGCGGGAGCUCGCAGCUCAACGGGAGGCGGAAAGACGCGAGAGAGAGGAACGGGAACGGCUGGAGAGGGAGGAAAAAGAAAGACUUGAAGCGGAGAAACGGGAAAGGGCUGCAGCCCGAGGUGGCGUGAGGGGAGUGAGGGGCACCAGGGCGUCUAUGAGGGGAGCCAGGACAGUGGCACCCCCAAGACCAACCUCAUCUACCUCCACCUCUUCAAGGGCCAGGCCGUCUGUGGCUCCAGGCAGCGGAAUUCCAGUCAAGAGGGGUGUCUCUUCCGGAACUGUCCGUGGAACCACCUCAAGUCGAGGUCUGUCGCGUCGAACGUAG